AUGGAGAACGGUGGUUUCACCCUGGUCCUCGCCCUGGCCCUGGUGACGUGUGUCACCCCCACAGAGAGGAAGUGCCAGCUCAGCGGGCUAUGGAGGAAUGAGCAGGACUCGCUGAUGGAGAUUUCGGCGGUGAGGGGCAACGGGGCUGCCCGCGCCUCCCCCCUGAAGGGCGCCCAGCAGCAGCCCGGCGAGGGGGGCUGGCCCACCUUUGCCUUCAGUGUGCGCUGGGACAAGUUCUCCAACGCCACCACCGCCUUUGCGGGUCAGUGCUUCGUGGACACGGGUGGGAAGGAGACGCUGACCACCAUGUGGCUGCUGCGUGAAGCUGUCGGGUCCCUCGAGGAGGACUGGAAAGCCACGAGGGUGGGCAGAAACAUCUUCACACGCAAACGCACCCCAAAAGGAAAGAUCUUACCAAACUUGUCCCCAUCCUGUGAGGACACAGCUUCACCUGCCCCAUGA